CGAAGGGAAGAGGGCUGGUCUCCUUAGGGGAGUCAGAGGGAAAGGCUGCAUGUCCCUCUCCCCCGCCGAGGAGGUGGCAGUGGGAGAAAAGGGUUGGGUGGAUGAAGGUAGGGAAGGUAAAAAUAUCCCCGGCCACCUUGUGUCGUUUGGGAAGGGAGUGCGAGGCAGGGAAGGGAUGCAGAGCCACCCAGGCAGAACAGUGGGCAUGGCAGACCCGGCUUCUCACCACACAAGAGAAUAGCGGUGGGUAGAGGGAGGAAUUAAAAUAAUUUCCCAGGGCAAGAGAAGCAGUAAGAAAAAGAGGAGCUGAGUUUGGCAGCCCCCUGGCUUGGAUUGACCCCAGCAUGAUCCCUCCGUGGGAGCAGGGGAAGGCAAGGUGACAGGGAGGGUUGGCAGUGGGUGAGGUGUGUCCGGGAGAGAUGGAGAUGGGCAAGCACUGCUCUCCUCCUGGGCUGAGGAAAGCUGGUGGUGCAUGGCCACAGGUUCCCACUGCAUGGGUGGAGACUUAAAAAGGGAUUUGUCUGUCAAAGUGCAGGGUUAGAAUUUACAGACUGGUGAUUUCCCACAAGGGGCUGCAAGCUGACCUCCUCCAGGGAUGACAAGGAGAGGAUUUCGAGGCCAGCUCGGUGCUGUUGGUAGAUGGCACUGAGUGGAUAGGUGGCAUGCAUCUUUAUUCCAGUGAAGUGGGGAGAUGGUCACAUUUCCCUCUGAGGCUUAACACACUGAAAGGUUAAAACCUCUUCUUUGCACACAAAUUUUUUGUGAACAGGGAUAAAAACCAUCUGGAAAGGAUUUUGAAUUCUCUCAUUUUGGCUGGAUAGCUUUGACAACAAGCUUGAUGCACACACUUUCAGUUUGUAGGAAAUGGUUUGCUUUCCUCACUGUUGUAUCAUAAGUGCCUUGAAUCUUGAGCAGCUGAGAACUUCCUUCAGUUAGGAAAGCCAUUUAACUUCAUCCGUGUGAGAAAAUACAGCUCGGUGUCCCUCCAUCAUGCAGAAGAGAGAUGGACCCUUCAGUGUUACAGUCCCUACUCAUGGGGGACAAAGUAACAAUCUGUGUGACAGGAUAGGGUUUCUAGUUCUCUUGUGUAUUUUUUGAGACUUUUAAGAAGUAGCCUUAAAAAGUAACUCUCCUCUCUCAGGAGAACUAGGCUCCUGCUGAAAGCUCACGGCAACUGUUUUUAAACCUGGAUCAUUCGACACCAUCAAGUUCCAAGUUGGCAGGUGUGAGGAUUUUUCAAACUUUUAAGUAUUCCAAAAUUGUCUCCAUAUUGGAAGCUGUUCAAGUGGACACUGUUCUAAAGAGUCUCUGAUGAUGAGGUAUCCAUCUGGAUUUAAAACACAGCUCUGAGCUUUUCAAUUCUUCAUUCAAGAGAUGUGUUCUAUAUUCAUGGGAUGCUUUAACACCUGAAGACAGAUGUUUCAUCAGGAGCACUAAUGGCUGCUGGCAUGCCUUGGAUAAGGUGGUGACCGCUGGAUGUCAUUUGUUUCUGUUCACUGUGGAGAGACAAAAUUGACUCCAUUUGGAGUUGAGAGCAAAAGCAGAACAGACCUCUCAAGAUGACUGAUCCUAUGAUGGAUUUUUUUGAUGAUGCCAAUCUUUUUAGUGAGACCUUAGAAGGUUUGUCAGAUGAUGCCUUUGUUCAACCUGGACCUGUUUCACUUGUUGAUGAAUUGAAUUUGGGUGCAGAAUUUGAACCUUUGCACAUAGACUCACUGAACCAUGUGCAAGAUGCUCAAAAUCAACAGAAGAUGAGUGAGUUUGAUCAGCUGAAUCAGUAUGAUUCACUGAAGCUUCACUCAGUAAAUCAGUCUUUUAAUAGCUCAGCUGACAAUGUCUUAUCCCCACACUCUCAGUUCAAUUGUUCACCAGUCCAUCCGCAAAACCAGUCCAAUGGGAUGUUUCCAGAUGUGGCCGAUGGCAGUCCUAUGUGGGGUCAUCAAACUGCCACGACUGUUUCCAAUCAAAAUGGGUCCCCUUUUCACCAAGGACAUUCUCAGUCUAUGCAGCAAAACAAAAGCUUUGUAGCACACCAUGACUUUGCCUUAUUUCAGGCUAAUGAACCACAGCAUCAGUGUGCCUCGCUACGGCCGCAGCAGGGCAGGAGCAGCACGGGGCAGGAUGCUCUGAGUCAGCCAAAAGACUUCAUGGAAGUCAAUGUGUCCACUUCCCUCAGAGUCAGUGUUAACCACCCACCUUCAGUUUCUAAUCCAUCGACUUCACAGCAGCCUCUGUCCGUUCAACAGUUUUCUCAAACUGCAAGUGCUUCAAUACAUUUUUGUGGGAAUCAAGAAGGAAAUUUUGAUGGACAGUCCCCAACUAUUACUCCAUGUUCUGUCAGUAAUAGUCAACAAUUUUCAUCUCCGUAUUCCUACUCUAAUAAUCACAUUUCUCCUACCAGCCUUCUUCAGCCUACAACAGCUCUUUCUACCAGCCAGCAGACACACUCUAUCUCUGACUUCACUGGAAGCGAUGCCUUUACAUCUCAAACAGGGACCAAGCAAGAAACAACCGAGCACAUGUUGAAUCCUAACGCAACUUUGAAUUCAAGUACUUUUCAAAUGUUGCAUUCUGCGCAUCCUCAGGGCAACUUUAGUAGUUCAAAACUCUCUCCUGUGAAUAUUAAUUUUCCAGCUUCUACUGGUUCUGCUUCUCAGAUAAGCCAUUUCACUGACCCUAUUGAAAGCAACGGUUUUACAUCUUUAGAUGACAACUUACUUCAUCAAGUGGAGACUCACAGUGAACCAUUCACAGGACUUGACCCAGAUGACCUCUUGCAGGAAGACCUUCUGCCACAGUUUGAUGACUCUGCCUUUGUCCAGGAUAGCACAAGCCAUGUUUUAGAGCAUGACCUGGAGCACCACAUAACCCCUCAGCAAGUGACACCGUCAUCUGAACUCGUUCGGGCACCGUCGCAAACUCAGAUCCAUCCCUGGCAUUCUUCAGUUUCUAAUCAGCACCUGCAGGGCAGGAGUCGUGCAGCCUUACAAGGACAGCCUCCUUCCAAGAAGACUGAUGGUUCAGGAUCAUAUACUAAGUUGCAGAAUACCCAGGUGAGGGGAAUGUCUGAAAAGAAGCAGAAGAAAAAAACAGACUCGGAAAGUAAACAAGAGAAGGCGAAUCGCAUAAUAUCCGAAGCAAUUGCAAAGGCAAAAGAGAGAGGAGAGAGAAACAUUCCACGAGUAAUGAGCCCUGAAAACUUCCCCAGUGUUUCAGCUGAAGGAAAAGAGGAAAAGAAGGGUAGAAAAGUUAAAUCCAAACCAAAGGAUAAGGAGACUAAAAAGCCGAAAACUGGUUCCUCAUCCAAAAUUAAAGAGAAAACAAAAAUUGGAAAGCUGAUCAUCACACUGGGCAAAAAGCAGAAAAGGAAAAACGAAUCUUCAGAUGAAUUGUCUGAUGCUAAGCAGACUCCACAGCGGCCCCUGAAAGAUGAAGACUCGCAGAAGAGAAGAUCAAAUCGUCAAGUUAAAAGGAAAAAAUACUCUGAAGAAGGAGAAGGGAAACAAUCAGAAGAAGAAGCAGCUAAAGUUUCUGUUAAAAUCAAGAAGAAUUCUGCCCCUUUACCUGCUGAGCAGCCUUUACAAUUAUUUGUGGAAAAUCCAAGUGAAGAAGAUGCAGCAAUUGUAGACAAAAUCUUAUCCUCCAGGGUAAUAAAGAAAGAAGUAUCUGCAGGGAUGACAGUAGACACAGAAGAGUUUUUUGUAAAAUACAAGAACUACUCAUAUCUCCACUGUGAGUGGGCCACAGAACAACAGCUUUUAAAGGAUAAAAGAAUCCAGCAGAAAAUAAAGCGGUUCAAAGUAAGGAAAGCACAAAGAGCUCACUUUUUUGCAGAUAUGGAAGAGGAACCUUUUAAUCCUGACUAUGUUGAGGUAGACCGGGUAUUGGAAGUGUCUCUUUGUGAAGACAAAGACACUGGUGAGCCUGUUAUUUACUAUUUAGUAAAAUGGUGUUCGUUGCCAUAUGAAGACAGUACGUGGGAGCUGAAAGAAGAUGUAGAUCAAGCAAAAAUAGAAGAAUUUGAACAAUUGCAAGCUUCCAGGCCUGACUCAAGGAGAUUGGACCGACCACCUCCAAACUCCUGGAAGAAGAUAGAACAGUCCAGGGAAUAUAAAAAUGGCAAUCAGCUCAGGGAAUAUCAACUGGAAGGACUUAACUGGCUCCUAUUCAACUGGUACAAUAGGCGAAAUUGCAUUUUAGCAGAUGAAAUGGGCCUUGGCAAAACCAUUCAGUCCAUUACAUUCCUGUAUGAAAUCCUCCUGACGGGUAUAAGAGGCCCUUUCCUGAUCAUAGCUCCGCUCUCCACCAUCACAAACUGGGAGCGGGAGUUCCGCACGUGGACGGGCCUGAACGUGGUGGUGUACCACGGCAGCAUGGUCAGCAGGCAGAUGAUCCAGCAGUACGAGAUGUACUUCAGGGACUCCCAGGGCCGUAUUGUCCGAGGUACCUACAGGUUCCAGGCCAUUAUCACAACGUUUGAGAUGAUCCUUGGUGGCUGUCCUGAGUUAAAUGCAAUUGAGUGGCGCUGUGUUAUUAUUGAUGAAGCUCACAGACUGAAGAACAAAAACUGCAAACUUUUGGAAGGACUAAAAUUAAUGAACCUUGAGCAUAAAGUGCUGUUAACAGGUACCCCACUGCAGAACACAGUGGAAGAAUUAUUCAGCCUCCUUCAUUUUCUGGAACCAUUGCGAUUUCCUGCUGAGUCCACAUUCAUGCAGGAGUUUGGAGACCUUAAAACAGAGGAACAGGUUCAGAAACUACAAGCUAUCCUGAAACCCAUGAUGCUCAGGAGAUUAAAAGAAGAUGUAGAAAAAAAACUGGCUCCUAAGGAGGAAACCAUAAUAGAAGUAGAGCUAACUAAUAUUCAGAAGAAAUAUUACCGAGCAAUUUUGGAGAAAAAUUUUGCCUUCUUAUCCAAAGGAGCAGGGCAGGCGAAUGUACCCAACCUGGUUAACACUAUGAUGGAACUCAGAAAGUGCUGUAAUCACCCUUAUCUCAUCAAAGGUGCUGAAGAGAAGAUCCUUGGAGAGUUUAAGGAAACAUACAGUCCAAGUGCUCCUGACUUCCACCUGCAAGCAAUGAUCCAAUCUGCUGGUAAAUUGGUUCUUAUUGAUAAGCUUCUUCCAAAAAUGAAAGCAGGAGGCCACAAGGUUCUGAUCUUCUCUCAAAUGGUGCGCUGCCUUGAUAUUUUGGAGGAUUACCUUAUCCAUAAAAGCCGCUUCAGCAAGCCCGACUCGGAUCGCUUCGUCUUCCUGCUCUGCACCAGGGCCGGGGGCCUGGGCAUCAACCUGACUGCAGCAGAUACCUGCAUCAUCUUCGAUUCUGACUGGAAUCCCCAAAAUGACCUGCAGGCUCAAGCCCGAUGCCACAGGAUUGGUCAGAACAAAGCAGUGAAGGUCUACAGGCUCAUCACACGUAAUUCCUAUGAGAGAGAGAUGUUUGACAGAGCAAGUCUGAAACUGGGACUGGAUAAGGCUGUCUUGCAGAGUAUGAGUGGAAGAGAAAACAGUGUUGGUGGUAUCCAGCAACUCUCCAAAAAAGAAAUCGAGGACUUGCUUCGAAGAGGUGCCUAUGGUGCCAUAAUGGAUGAGGAGGAUGAGGGCUCCAAGUUCUGUGAGGAGGACAUUGACCAGAUCCUGCAGCGCCGCACCAAGACCAUCACGAUCGAGUCUGAGGGAAGGGGCUCCACGUUUGCCAAGGCUAGUUUCGUUGCAUCUGGAAACAGGACUGAUAUUUCACUAGAUGAUCCCAACUUCUGGCAGAAAUGGGCCAAAAAAGCAGAAAUUGAUAUUGAUGCUAUCAGUGGUAGAAACAGCCUUGUCAUUGAUACCCCAAGAAUCAGGAAGCAGACUCGGCCCUUCAGUGCCACCAAGGAUGAGCUGGCGGAGCUGUCGGAGGUGGAGAGUGAGGGGGAUGAGAAGCCCAAGCUGCGCCGGCCCUGCGACCGCUCCAACGGCUACGGGAGGACUGAGUGCUUCCGUGUGGAGAAGAACUUGCUGGUCUAUGGGUGGGGCCGAUGGAGAGAAAUUCUGUCCCACGGCCGCUUCAAGAGGCAGCUGAACGAGCACGAUGUGGAGAUCAUUUGCAGAGCCCUCUUAGCCUAUUGCCUUGUUCACUACAGAGGGGAUGAGAAAAUAAAGAGUUUUAUAUGGGAUCUCAUCACCCCGACAGAGGAUGGGCAAACACGAGAGUUACAGAACCACCUCGGCUUAUCAGCCCCUGUGCCUAGAGGAAGAAAAGGAAAAAAAGUGAAGACCCAGGCUAGCACUUUUGAUAUACACAAAGCAGAAUGGCUUCGAAAAUACAAUCCAGAGCAUCUGUUGCAAGAUGAAGGCUACAAAAAGCACAUAAAACACCAUUGCAACAAAGUCUUACUUCGAGUAAGAAUGCUGUAUUACUUAAAGCAAGAAGUCAUUGGUAAUGAAUUCCAAAAGGUCUUUGAUGGAACUGAUGCCAGUGAAAUUGAUGUUUGGGUUCCUGAGCCAGACCACUCUGAAGUUCCUGCUGAGUGGUGGGAUGCAGAUGCAGAUAAAUCUCUUCUAAUUGGAGUUUUUAAACAUGGUUAUGAAAAAUACAACACUAUCAGAGCAGACCCAGCUCUUUGCUUCUUGGAAAGGGUUGGAAAACCAGAUGAGAAAGCAGUUGCUGCUGAACAGAGAGCAAAUGAUUAUAUGGAUGGGGAUGUGGAAGAUCCAGAGUAUAAACCAGCACCAGCACUGUUUAAAGAUGACAUAGAGGAUGAUGUUUCAUCCCCAGGUGAUCUCGUAAUAGCAGAUGGAGAUGGACAAAUGAUGGAAGGGGACAAAAUCUAUUGGCCCACUCAGUCUGCCUUAACAACGCGGCUGCGCCGCCUGAUCACCGCUUAUCAACGCACCAGUAAAAACAGGCAGGCCCAGCAGAUCCAGCCAGCAUUCCCAGUACAAACCAGUAUGAUGCAGCUGCCAUAUGAGGAAGCUGCACUAAAUCCAAAGAUGGCUGCUAAGAUUGAAAGACAGCAAAGAUGGACGAGAAGAGAAGAAGCUGACUUUUACAGAGUCGUGUCCACAUUUGGAGUGGUGUUUGACCCUGAGAGGGGACGGUUUGACUGGACCAAGUUUCGAGCGAUGGCUCGGCUGCACAAGAAAACUGAUGAGAGCUUGGAGAAGUACCUGUAUGCAUUUAUGUCAAUGUGCAGGAGGGUCUGUCGCCUCCCCUCAAAAGAAGAGCUCGUGGACCCAAACCUCUUCAUCCAGCCCAUCACCGAGGAACGCGCUUCCCGCACUUUGUACCGCAUCGAGCUCCUGCGCAAAGUGCGGGAGCAGGCCCUCAGGCACCCCCAGCUCUUUGAGAGGCUAAAGCUGUGCCAGCCAAACCCUGACCUGCCUGUCUGGUGGGAGUGUGGGACUCACGACAGGGAUCUGCUUAUUGGAGCUGCUAAGCACGGAGUCAGCAGGACAGAUUAUCAUAUUCUUCGUGAUCCUGAACUCUCAUUUAUGUCUGCCCAGAGGAACUAUAAUCAAAACAAAGUGGCUCUCUCAAGGACUUCUACUCCACUCUUGCACCAGUACCAGAUGGCAUUAUCUGCUUCUCCUCUUACACCUCAGUCAAGACUGUCAGAUGCUAAAGUGAAUGCUUUUGAGGACACAAAAGCUAAAAAUGAAAAUCUGAAAGAGGAUCCUCAGUCUUCUGAAGAGGAAUCGAUGUCUACAGAGGAGACACAGACAAUACUGAAAUCUGAACCUUUGAGUCCCAAAAAUGGCACCCCAAUACAAAUGUCAGACCACAGACCUAGCGUGAAGGCUGAGACAGACAGACGCAUGGUGGCAGCAAGGACAGAGCCUCUGACACCAAACCCAGCUUCCAAAAAGCAGAGAGUCAGCAAAAGGGGGUCUGACUCCAGCUCUGACUCGGACUCUGACUCAGAUAGAUCAUCCUGUUCUUCCAGGUCAUCAUCUUCCUCCUCUUCGUCUUCCUCAUCUUGUUCCCACUCUCGAUCUGGCUCUAGCUCUUCAUCAUCCUCAUCUUGUUCUUCAGCAUCUUCAUCGUCCUCCUCGUCGUCCUCAUCGUCAUCGUCGUCAUCAUCAUCAUCGUCUGAAGAGAGUGAUAGUGAUGAAGAGGAGGCACAAAAACGUGCAGAAGGAACACCACAUAUAAAAGCCUAUGAUGAAGAGAGUGUGGCCUCUCUGAGCACCACACAAGAUGAGACACAGGACAGUUUCCAGAUGAACAAUGGGACACCAAAUUCUGGUUAUCUCCUACAAGGUGGAUACAUGUUGGCUGCAUCGUACUGGCCAAAGGACCGUGUUAUGAUCAACAGACUGGACAGCAUUUGUCAGACAGUGCUGAAGGGAAAAUGGCCUUCAGCCCGAAGGAGCUGCGACAGCGCCGCCGUGGCGUCCUUCUACACCACCAAGCUGCUGGACAGCUCAGGGGCAGCUGCAGAGUACAGUGAGCCCCCUGCACCCACACCCCCUCUGGCAGCUGUGAAAGAAGAAUAUGAGCAAUCUCCCCAGCUGGCAAAGGUGAAGAAGCAUGUACGAGAAAAGGAGUUUACAGUGAAAAUCAAUGACGAAGGUGGUUUGAAAUUGACUUUUCAGAAGCAGGGACUGUCUCAGAAAAGGCCGUUUGAAAGCGAGGAGGGUGCAUUGGGUCAGCAGCAAUAUCUGGCUCGGCUCCGUGAACUCCAGAAUGCUUCAGAAACCAGCCUUGUCAACUUCCCCAAAUCACUUCCCAAAUCAGGUACUUCCAGUCACUUAACAGCCAGUGCCAAUGGAGUCAUUGUUGACAGUCAGCCUGUAGUCAAAAAGAGACGAGGAAGAAGGAAGAAUGUGGAGGGAGUUGAUGUCCUCUUUAUGAAUAGAAAUAAACAGCCUAACCAUGUUAAUCCAGGUAUUAACUCCUGCCAGGUUGCUGCAGGAAUAAACCCAGCACUCACCUACACACAGUCCCAAGGCGUGCUCGAUGCAGAGAGCCCAGUUCCUGUUAUUAACCUAAAAGAUGGAACAAGGCUUGCAGGUGAUGAUGCCCCUAAAAGGAAAGAUUUAGAAAGGUGGCUUAAAGAACAUCCUGGAUAUGUUGAAGAUUCAGGAGCUUGUAUUCCUAGGAUGCAGCUGCACGAUGGGAGGCCCAAACAAAAACGACACCGUUGUCGAAACCCCAACAAACUGGAUGUUAACAGUUUAACUGGUGAAGAACGUGUUCAGCUCAUAAAUAGAAGAAAUGCAAGAAAGGUUGGGGGUGCAUUUGCUCCCCCUCUGAAGGAUUUGUGCAGAUUCUUGAAAGAAAAUCCAGAGUAUGGAGUGGCUCCUGAGUGGGGAGACGUGGUAAAACAGUCUGGAUUCCUCCCCGAGGGGAUGUUCGAGCGCAUCCUGACGGGCCCGGUGGUGCGGGAGGAGGUGAGCCGCCGGGGGAGGCGCCCCAAGAGCCGCGGGAGAGGCCAAGAACGUGGCUGCCAUGUUCCCCAUGCUGCUGUCGGGCAUGGCCGGGCUGCCGAACCUGCUGGGCAUGGGAGGGCUCCUGGCAAAGUCCACGGAAUCCGCUUCGGAGGAGAAAAAGGGAAACGAUGCGAAGGAGACGGAUGCAAAGAAGGAAAGGACAGAAGACCAAAACACGGACACUGGUGGUGAAAACUCUGUUUCCAGUUCUCCUUCGACAUCCUCUGCCGCCGCAGCUGCCAAUCCUCUCUCUCUUAACCCUUUACUUUUGUCCAACAUACUUUACCCAGGGAUGCUUCUCACUCCAGGCCUUAAUCUUCAUAUCCCAGCUUUGUCUCAGUCUAAUAUUUUUGAUGUACAGAACAGUGAAAGCAAUGACACGGGCUCAGCCAAGCCCACAGAAGAAAAGGAGGAAAAUUCUAGGGUUAGAGAUCAGGAAGACAAAGGGGGAACAGAGCCAAGCUCUCACAAUGAAAACAGCACAGAUGAGGGUUCAGAGAAAGCAGAUGCUUCAUCUGGAUCUGACAGUACAUCGUCUUCAUCUGAGGAUUCGGAUUCGAGCGAUGAAGACUGACCCCAGACUCUGCACUUAAAUUAUAAACUGAUUUUGAAUUUAUUCUUUAAUUAUUUCAUUGUAAAUAACCCAGUGUUGAGUGCAUCAAUGAUUUACUGACCGAACAUUUCAGUAUUUGUUUAGAAGUGCAAACUGCUUUCAGAGACGUUUUGCAUGUAAUAUUUCUUGAAGUUCAUAAGUUUCUGAACUUGUAUGUACUAUCAAAUACACAAUGGUGUAAAAUUACAACAAAAGGCAUUAUAAUUUUGUUGGGGGGUUAAUUUUAUGAAAAUAAUGCUCAAGUAAGAGCUGUAUAUUUAAUAUAUUUGCAGUGAACACAGAAUACUUUAUGCAUAUUAUUGAUUUAAUUUGAAUAUAGUUUUACAGCCUCCUUGACACUUAUAAUUUACAGAUCAAAACUCAGCAAUAAUUUGGGCAGCUAAUGAAUGUCAUGAAAGCUGUAGAAUCUACAUCACCAUCCAUUGCUUUAAUUACAUGAAAAUGCUCUAGUGUUGUGAUGCACUGCUGUUUCCAAUUCAGGUACAAGUGUGUUUAAAAGAAGAUAAAUUUUUCCCAAUUAGCCAAUUAAACUGGCUACCUGUUACCUCAGCUGAGUUAGUUUAGGAAGUUUACAUUGGUUUCUAUUACUUGUUUUCAGGUUUUGUUUUGUUUUUUAAAGACAUCCUGUAUAGCAUGUUAAAAUCUGAGUUACUUGAGGUAAGACUGUUGGGGUUUUCUUUCCCCCUUAUUGCAGCUGUUCUCUUUGACAGCAGUAAGGGGAAAAUAAAGCAAAAGCUCUCUUAUCUCAUGCUACUUGGCACCAUGUAGGUCUAUUUAGUUUACACCUUGCAAAGUUUUGGGCUCCCUCUGCAGAAUUCAAAGUCCCAAAAUGAGGAGUAGUUUCCCCAAGACUCAGAAGAGGCAAACUGUCAUAAAGUGCCACUGAAAAGACCUUUCAACACUGCAUAAUUCAUGUAAAAAUUGUUUGUUUGCUUUGUUUGUGUAGAUUUCUAUUUGUGUUUUAUGUCAUAAAACCUCCUGGAGUUCCCAGUUAAUAAUGGUAAAUAAAGUACAGAUAGUUUUGAACUCCUUUUGAGUUUAAACUUCUCUGCAGAUUUAAAUCUGACUAAACAUUAUCCAAAAUCAUUAUUGGGAUAUCACUUCAUAUAUUAUGCUGAGUUACCCACUAAAGAAAAAAGCACUUUGAAUAGUAAGGAAGACAAAUUUAUUCCUAGAAACCACAGUAACAGGGCAUAAGGCAUCUCGUUUCAAGUCCAAAUCCUUAGAACCCUUUACUAUAUAAAAUCUGUCUAAGAUUUGAUGUGUGAUAUGAUUCCUCCUUCUUCUUAAGCUGCUAUUACUCUGACACAGUCGAGGCCCAGAUUCACAUUUACAGAACUUCUGAACUGACUGAGACUUCAGGUGACCUUGGUUACAUCAUUUGCGGUCCAAGAAUAGGCAAGUGUUGAGAGAAAACAGAUACAGGUACUAGUGAAAGUCAUGGAAAAAGCUUUACAAAGGGAUAAAUUUAAAAAAUAAAAAACAAAAACUGUAUAUUUUGAUAUAGUUCUGUUGCUUGCUUGUACAGUAAAACAACUGUGUUGUUUUUUAUCAAGAACUUUACCAAUGAAAUAUAAGUUUCUAUGUGCAAAAUAACUAGCCCCAUGAUUAGAAGCAGUAUUAGAUGUAAUUACACAAUUAUACAAGUACCAUUUGGAUUGUGCUGGUAACGUAUUUUCCCAGAUAGUAUUCUGAUUUUUGGCCCUUCAUGCAGUGUCUUAGCAAUAGUGAAAAUCAAAAACUGCCAAGAGAAGGGGGUAGCCAAUUUUUCGUCAUUAAAAGAAAAAGUAUUUCAUAUUUAAUAUUUUGCCCUUUGUGUAAUAUAGCACUUUUAUUUAACUAGGAUGCAUCUAUGAAAUAGCCAAAGUUUUACAAGCAGUUAUUAACUUCAUUUGCUGAUGGAGUAUGUCAACAAUACCAUCACUUCCCACCCUUCCCCCACAAAACAAGUCCUAAAUCUUGUGGCUAAAACCUAAUUUAUAUCAGAUUUAUGAAAUAAAGUAUUUUCCUAUUAUGGUCAAGUAAGUUUGGUUACUGUUCUAGUGAUUCUUUCUAUGUAAUAAGGCAAUUACAGUUUCAAGUAAUGAAGGCUGGUGUAGACUUGAACAUAAUUAUAUUUGGGUUAUUUUUCAUCAGUUUGAUCCAGAGGGGGAAAAAAGUGUCCCACUAUCAGCUAAACUAUAUGCAAAUACGGUUGUAUAAAGUUAAGGGUUAUAAGGAAACCUCAGUAGAAUUACACUAAUACUGAAGUUAAAAUUAAAAGGAUAUCCAAGGUGAUGAUAAAGUGUGUGUUGGUAGUUACUAAAAAAACCUUAGCUGUUAUUGCCUUGUAUUUCUAUCCCUUGUUUCAGGCUUCAUGAUCCAAGUCUUAGUCCAGGUUUUUUUUGGACAUUUGCAAUAUUUGCCAGUUGUGUUCUGUGUAGUCUGAAUUUGCUUUCUGUAGUUGAACAAGCGUCUUAAAAAGUCAUUUGUAAUUUAUUGAAUUACUUUCUAUGAUGUUCUAUAGAGCAAAUGGAAGUUUAAUUAUUUUUUAUUAAACAUAUUCUUUGACUACCCGUGA